AUGCCGCCCGACCCGGUUCGAGUCCCGCCUCCGGCCUCGGUGUCCAUAUUUGAUCUCGGUGCGGGUGCCCGGCUCCUGGAGGGCCUUCGCCUCGUGGGCCGAGCGCGGGGUGCGGCCUUGGUCCCGGCGGGUUCAGAGUCAGAAAAAGAAACCAGGCUCAGGGAGCAGGUGUACAAGGGGCAAACCGAAGUGUCUGAGCGAAUGUUUUGCUCAGCCUGUGUCCAGUCCUUCCAGAGCCGCCAGGAUCAGAGGGAGCAUUACAGAUUGGAUUGGCAUCGUUUCAAUCUGAAGCAGCGACUGAAGGGUCAGCUUUCCCUUUCGGCCCAUGAAUUCGAGAAGCAGAGCUGUUCAGGAGACCUCUCCAGCAUCUCUGGUUCAGAUGAUUCCAACUCCAGCUCCGACUCAGACACAGAAAAUGUGGAGUCAAAGGGCUUAGAUCCGUUGGAUGUGGAAGGGGCAGAGCUAGGAAGACCAGACCCCCUCCAGGGCUUUCACCCACACCGGGUCCUCUUCCAAAAUGCUCAGGGCCAGUUUCUCUCUGCCUAUCGAUGUCUCCUGGGGCCUCGGCAGGACCCCGAAGAGGAGGCAGAGUUGCUAUUGAAGGCCUUACAGGCUGGAGGUCCUCAAUGCUGUGUGGUACUCAUGGCAGCAGCUGGUCACUUUGCUGGUGCCAUCUUCAGAGGGAGAGACGUAGUGACACACAAAACAUUUCACCGGUACACUGUCCGGGCACGGCGGGGAACAGCCCAAGGACUUCAGGAUGCCCGUGCUGGAGGUUCUCGGUCUGCUGGAGCCAACUUGAGGCGAUACAAUGAAGCUGCACUAUUCAAGGAGGUUCGAGAACUGCUGGCAGGGCCAGGCUGGGCAGGGCCACUGGGGGAGGCAGGGACUAUACUGCUUCGAGCCCCCCGAUCUGGCCGGGCUCUCUUCUUCGGGGGCCGUGGAGCACCACUGCAGCGGGGGGAUCCCCGUCUCUGGCAUAUUCCCCUCGCUACCCGUAGACCUACCUUCCGAGAACUUCAGCGUGUGCUUCAGGCGCUGGCCAUGGUGCACAUUCAUGGAGAAGACCCAAGGGAAAUGGCCAGAUUGGAUUCACCACAGACUGAUUGGAAAGUGAAAAGUCAGAAAAAGACCAACAUUCAGGAGAAGGAUCCAGGUGGUAAUGAGGAGGUCCUUGGGCUAAGUGGGUCUGAAGGAGAAUGCAGCCCCCCUGUGGAGCUAGAGCUGGUGGAAUUGACACUGGGAACCCUGGAUCUUCGUGAGUUUGAAUUAUUGCCCAAGCGGAGAAGAAGAAAAAGGAAGAAGAAGAGCCAGGAGGUUGCGGCUGGAGUAGACACAGCUUUACAAUCCCCCCAAGAAACUGUGUCCCUUCCACAGAUAGUCCAGGAAAACAUGGUUCCUCUGCAACCUUCCCUGGAGGAGGUUGGAAUCACAGGGCAGCAAGAGCUGUGGGAUACUCUCUGGACAGCCUGUCGGGCAGGGGAUCUUGGAACCCUGAAGCACCAGCUGGAGGCUCUCCCCUCGGACACUAGAAUCUACUCUAUGCUCAGUGCCCCAUUGGGCUCUGGUGGUUGGACCCUAUUACAUGCAGCAGCUGCAGCUGGCAGGAGCCUAGUAGUCCAACUACUGCUGGAGAGUGGUGCUGAUCCCACCAUCAGGGAUUCCUGUGCUCGGCCCCCAUACACAGUUGCAGCUGACAAAAUGACACGGAAUGAAUUCCGCAAGUUCAUGGGGAAGAAUCCAGAUGCGCACGAUUACAGCAAGGCCCAAGUCCCAGGGCCCCUGACAGCAGAGAUGGAGGCACAUGGAGCUGCUCGGAGGAGGGAGCAGAAGGCGGCAAGGCGCCUCCGGGAGGAGCAGCGACGAAAACAGCAGGAGCAUGAGAAGCAUGAGCAAGAGGAACAGCAGAGAUUCGCUGCUCUCAGUGACCGUGAGAAGAGAGCUUUGGCUGCUGAAAGAAGGCUAGCUGCCCAGAUGGGAACUCAGACUCCCAGGUAUGGAGGCGCUGUUGGGUUUGUGGGGCAUCUCUUCUGGGGCUUGUCCCCUUUCACUACCUUGACUUCUCCUUUUGCUCUACACGGUGUCUACAGGAGCAUCGAAGGGGAAGACCACUCUCUUGAUCUCUCAUUACCCCUGUCCAGGCCCAUGGUGGGGGAAUGAAAGCUUCAGACUGGCUUUAGGUCUCUUCCCCCAACUUCUAGUCCACCCUCACUCAUACCUCUGUUAUGGUAACAAAGGAUGCAAAAUUAGCCAAAGUAAUAGAGGCUUGGAAAAGUCACAGCAAAAAUAGGGGCAAUGACAUGUGUGGAGGGAGAGGGUACUGUGUCUCUGAAAUUUAAUGCAAUAAAAUUUGAUAAAGAAACACUA